AUGUCUCCAACAAAGGCCAACGAAAACCUUACCGAGGGCACGACUUCCAGAGAGCCUGAUACAACAAAGCCCUCUUUUGAAUACAGCGACCGUUUCUCCCUCGCCACCCGUGGAAGGUCCUACCUGAGACAAUUCUUCAGCAUGUACCAGCAACGACUCAAUGUGCUAAAGCCACGUGUUGAUAAGCGGGCCAUGGAGAAAUGGGGGAACAACACGCGUCGCGUAGAUGGGCAGAAAAUACAGUGGAAAGAGAAAAUCUUGGACAUUGUUGGAGGGGAGCUCUGCUGGGUGCUGGGCACGGUGUUUGUGGAAAUGAAGGAUAAGCUUGAUAUUUUCCAAGAUGUGGAGCAUGGUACCGAUGACGUGAUGCCUAAGCCGCCAGCAAACUACUUAGGCAACGAGGGCAAGGUGGUGAUGCUCGAAGAUGAAAGUGGCAGAGCAAUUCUACACAAUGAGGCGCUUUUGGAAUUCUCGAGAGUUGUGAGCGGAGCGAUUAUUGCGGUAUUGGGAAUUGAAAUCCAGGCUGGGAUUUUUGAGGUGAUAGAGAUCUUGACGCCGGCUAUGGCUCCUCAGAAACCGCUUCCGAUGGCUACGGACUCCGAGCAGUAUAUUGCGUUCGUAUCGGGCCUCAAGUUCCAGCAAGAGACCGACUGCGACUUGAAAACGGUGCUUUUGCAGCAGUGGCUCUGUGGAGAGCUCGGAGGCGCUGAGGAUGUGGCGUUGUCGAGCAAAGUGACCAGACUAAUCAUUGCAGGUAACUCGGUGGAGGAGAUCGAAGAGGACACGGAUAAGAAAGAGGAUUUUGGAUCGAAGAACACCUCGCACUUCAAGCCGGAGUCGUUGCGCCUUUUCAACGCAUGGCUUUCCAGUGUGGUGGCCCUGGUGCCCGUAACAAUCAUGGCAGGUCCCAAGGACCCAGCAGAGAUAUGUAUGCCGCAACAGCCGCUUCAUCGCUCCUUGUUGGGUGCUAAUGCCCGAUAUGUGGGCACUCUGGCAUCAGAGCCAGUAUACAACACCACAAACCCAGCCUGGAUGGAGUUGGAAAACGGGCUUCGCAUAUUGGGUUCCGCAGGACAAAACAUCAGUGACAUCCUAAAAUACUUCCAGCCGGAGCAGGGGAUUUCGCCAACGGAUAUCAUGUCGAAAACCUUACUCUGGCAGCACAUGGCGCCCACGGCCCCCGACACGCUCUACUGUUACCCAUACGAGGAUGUGGACCCAUUCGUUCUAGAAGAAACCCCACAUGUGUACUUUGCCGGAAACCAGGGAGAGUUUGGAAGCCUAAAAGCCGAUAUCGAUGGCACUGAGGUAUCUGUGGUGAGUGUGCCCGAGUUUGCAGAAACAGGCCAACUAGUGUUGAUCAACACAUGCACCCUUGAAGCUAAAGUUGUCGAAUUUGCCGUUUAG